AUGAGCCGGCUCCUCACCCUGUCUAUGGGUCACGGGCCAAGGGCUCUGUCUGGGUUCCGCUGCACUCACUUCCGAGCCUCCGCCAUUCGCGCCGCCAGCACCGCGAGCACGACUGCAGCAACGGACAAGGACAAGAAGAAAGCAUUCUCGGCCACCCUUCUGCUUCCCAAGACGAGCUUACCAUUGCGUGUCAAGAAUGCGCCCAAGGUCGAUGCCAAGCUGCGUGAUCGCACGACACAUGAACUCUACCGCAAGCAGUUCCAAGACAACAAGGGCGAGGUGUUCAUCUUGCACGAUGGCCCUCCGUACGCCAACGGCAACUUGCAUAUGGGCCAUGCUCUGAACAAGAUUCUAAAGGACAUUAUUAACCGCUACAACGUCGUUCGCGGACGCAAGGUCCACUACAUUCCCGGCUGGGACUGUCACGGUCUCCCCAUCGAGCAUAAAGCCCUUGGUGCGCUUGGAAAAUCCCACACCGCCCUUGACCCGGUCAGUGUGCGCCAAGAGGCGCGCAAGUUCGCGCUCCAAGCGAUCGACACUCAAAAGGCCGAAUUCAAGCAGCUUGGAGUGAUGGCCGAUUGGGACGCCAAGGAUGGCGUGUACCGCUCUCUUGAUCACGGCUUUGAGAUCCGCCAGCUGCGGUUGUUCCAGAAAAUGGUGUCCAAGGGCUUCAUCACCCACCGCCACCGCCCGACCUAUUACUCUCCCUCGUCGCGUACGGCACUUGCAGAGGCCGAGCUCGAGUACACAGAUCUCAAGUCCACCUCAGUCUACGUCGCUUUCCCUGUCGAGGAGGGCGACAUGACCCCGCGUCUGACGGAGGCUCUCGCCAGGGGCCGCGAGAAGCGUGCGGACGCAACACUUCAUCUUGCCAUCUGGACGACAACUGCAUGGAGUUUGCCUGGUAACAUGGGCGUCACUGUUGGUGACGAGAUUAGCUACGCUGUCGCCCUCAACGAGAAGAAUCAGCUCCUCGUUAUUGGCGAGGAACGUGUGGAGGAGCUGAGCAAGGCGUUUGGUCCCCUUGAGAUUGUUGACAAGGUCACUGGUGAGUGCGAUAUGCGAAACGUCCCACUUACCCUUCAGGCAAGGACCUGUGCGCCGUAUGUUACGGCCGAGUCGGGUACUGGUCUUGUUCACUCUGCGCCUGCCCAUGGUCACGAGGACUAUGACGCCUUCAAAGCGGCCGGCAUUUCGGUCUCGAACAUGCGAUGCCCUAUCGACGACGAUGGAUGCUUCACCGAGGAGAUUUUCUCGUACAGCGGCAACGAAUCCACGGCGCCUCUUGUGGGCCAGCAGGUCCAGGGACCUGGCUCCAAGGCCAUGGUGGAGCUUCUCAAGGCUGAAGGCGUGUUACUCGCCCAGGAAACCGUUUCGCAUCGCUACCCUAUCGACUGGCGCACUAAGAAGCCGAUCCUCAUUCGUGCCACACCGCAGUGGUUUGCAGACAUCCAGACCCUCAAGCCAGCGGCUGAGACCGCUAUCGAAGCAAUCAACUUCGUCCCUGCUACCGGUCGCAACCGCCUGUCCGCCACGGUCAUGUCUCGCUCCGAGUGGUGCAUCUCGCGUCAGCGCAGCUGGGGUGUCCCCAUUCCCGCCCUGUUCAACGCCCAGGGGGAGGCUGUUCUCUCCACUGAGUCACUGGACCACAUCAUCUCAGUUCUUGACGCCAGGGGAAUUGACCACUGGUGGUCGGGGCCCGUUGAGGACUUUAUUCCGCCUUCGCUCGAGGGCCAAGAGUUUACGCGUGGCUUUGACACCCUCGACGUCUGGUUUGACAGUGGUACCUCCUGGGCCCUCAUCGCAGAGGCCAGCCUCCGCCCAACAACUCGGCCGCUGGCCGAUGUGUACCUUGAGGGCUCUGACCAGCACCGCGGCUGGUUCCAGUCUUCUAUUUUGACGCGGCUGGCGUCCCUUGAUGCCGGGGAAAAGCCCAUGGCCCCGUAUGCCAACCUUCUCACACACGGCUUCACCACGGACGAGAGCGGAGCCAAGAUGAGCAAGUCGUUGGGUAACGGCCUGUCUCCCAUGGACGUUAUCAAUGGUACCAAGAGCACACCUGCCCAUGGUUCAGAUGUGCUCCGAGUGUGGGCAGCUGGAGUUGAUUACACCCGCGAUAACUCGAUCGGUCCCAGCAGCAUCUCUGCAGCGGCCGAACAGCUCCGCAAGCUGCGCAGUGCCCUGCGCUUCAUGUUGGGAAACACGGCUACUGCCCCUUCCCUGUCGUUGAGCGAGGUUCAACUUAGUCUGGUGGACCGAUACAUCCUGCAUGAGCUGAGUUCCUUGCAAGCCACUGCCAGGGACGCUUACGACGAGUUCUCGUUCAACAAGGUGCUUCAGAACGUCGCCUCAUUCACAUCGUCGACGUUGUCUUCAUUCUACUUUGACGUGGUGAAGGACACGCUGUACUGUGAUCACCUUAAUGGCACUCGCCGCCAGGCUGUGGUGGCUACUCUGCAACAUGUUCUGGGUGUAAUGGUCAAGCUUAUCGCGCCCAUUACGCCGCACCUUUCAGAAGAAAUCUAUGAAGCUGCGGCGACAGAUGCUGGAAACGAGCGCAAGUCGUCCGUGUUCUUGGAACACUGGAACCCUGACACUCAAUGGCUGGACGGCGCUACCGCGGAACAGAUGGGCGACCUGUUGGCCAUUCGUUCGCAGGUCCUUGGCCUGAUUGAGGAAGCCCGUGCUGCAAAGCAUGUGAGGGUUCCUGCUGAGACUGCGGUGGUCGUCAAUGCCUCUUCGGAUGUUCUGUCUCAGCUGUUGGAAGACAAUGAUCUCCGCAUUACCUCCCGUGGCGAUUGGUGGUGGCGAUUAACACUUGUGACAGAUGAGCUUUUGCCUACAAUCCUUGGCGUGUCUCAGGUGUCCGUUGGCGGCGUUGACGGCAUUGACGAGUCUGCAUGGCGCCUCACGGGCCAGGCCACAACCGGUAAGCAUCUGACUGGCCCUUUGCGGCCAUCGGUCAUCCCUGAGCUGGAGCUUGGGCGUAUGGCUUGA